AUGACCAGGUUCAACAAGGAAAGACUUCAGAUUCCCGACCUACACAUAACUGCAGCGGUUUCUGCCCUCACAUAUGCCAUAAAGUGUGAGGCCUUCAGGAUGUCUUUAUCCAAAACUCCGCCAAAGACAGUGACCGAGCUUCUUACCCGAGCCGAGAAGUACAUAAAUAUGGAGGAAACACUGAACCCGAGAAAGGUUGGACCGUCCCACGAUAGGGUCGAGCAUAAACGACAGCACGAUCCGAACCCCCGUGAAGAACAACAUCGGAAAAAACAGAGGCAGGAGGUUCCCCCGACGCCGUUCACGACUUUAAAUACGUCAAAAACCAAUAUAUUGAUGGAGAUCAAGGAUAUGAAGGAAUUGAAGUGGCCUGUCAGAAUGAGGUCACCACCCGAACACAGGGACAUGAACAAAUACUGUGAGUUCCAUCGGGACCAUGGGCAUACCACAGAGAACUGUAAGGCCCUACAACGGGAGAUUGAAGCCCUUAUCAAAAGGGGACUCUUGAGUUCCUACGUCGGUAACGACAAACGCCCGAGGAAUGAUCGUGGCAGGGAAAGUGCCCCUGAGGUAAAAAGGGAUGGUCAACCCACUACUGGAACCAUCAAUAUCAUCAUUGGGGGUAUUGCCUCGGGAGGAGACUCCAACAGUGGAAGAAAACAAUAUUCCCGACAAUAUGUCUUGGCGUCUGGGAUGCCUCAUGGAAAGCUGGAGGAUAUUACUUUUGGGACCGGGGACUUAGAAGGUGUAUCACUUCCACAUGAUGACGCCUUGGUAAUCUCAGCGAUUGUGGCCAAUUUUGAAGUGAAGAGAAUCCUGGUUGACAACGGGAGUGCGGCCAAUAUACUUUCACAAGAAGCUUUUGCCAAAAUGGGAAUCUCAUCUCACCAGCUCAAAGCGGUUAAAACUCCUCUCCAGGGGUUUGGUGGAGGAGUCAUCACUCCAGAGGGUGUCGUUGAGCUUCCACUAACUUUGGGUUCUGGCCAGAAACAGGUUACAGAGAUGACAUCUUUUCAAGUGGCGUCGAGUUAUUUAACCAUCAGUCGUGCUAUUUGA